GAGGUGGCAGUGAGAGCGCAAAACGUGGUGCUAAGUACCUGCGCUGACUGUUUUGAUCCUUUGUGUAUUUUUAUAGCACUGCCGUUUUCACAUAAAAAUCAUAAUGAAGGAGAGGAGAAAUACUCAACCACUGGUGGUGAGAUGCAAACUGGUGGUGGUUGGGGAUGUCCAAUGCGGAAAAACGGCGAUGCUGCAAGUAUUAGCCAAGGACUGUUACCCAGAGACGUAUGUACCAACAGUGUUUGAGAAUUACACUGCCUGUUUGGAGGUUGAGGAGCAGCGCGUGGAGCUGAGUCUUUGGGACACGUCAGGUUCCCCAUAUUACGACAACGUUAGGCCCCUUUGCUACAGUGACUCUGAUGCAGUUCUCCUGUGUUUCGAUGUGAGUCGUCCAGACACUGUCGACAGUGCACUGAAGAAGUGGAAGAAGGAAAUCCUGGACUUCUGUCCUAACACGCAUGUUCUUCUCGUCGGUUGCAAAACAGACCUGCGUACAGAUGUCUGCACUCUGCAGGAACUGUCCAAUCAGAAGCAGACGCCCAUAUCUCAGGAGCAGGGUGCUGCAAUGGCCACACAGUUGGGCACAGAGACCUACCUGGAAUGUUCGGCAUUCACUUCUGAGAAGAGUGUCCACAGUGUCUUCCGAACAGCUGCCCUGGCCUGUGUGAACAAGUUGCAGGCUCCACCCAAACCCAGCCCCACACGCCGCCACUCCAAGAGACUGCUGCACCUGCCCAACACAUCCGAGCUGCUCCUCUCCACCUUCAGGAAGGAAAAGACCAAGAGCUGCUCUGUAAUGUGAGCAGGUGAGGGGUGAUGCCCAUUCACAGUGACCCACCAACCAGCACCACUCUUUGUUGGGGGGAGUGGGAGGGGUUGGUUCAAUCAGCAUUAAAAGACACUUUAAAUCAUCCUCACAAUUCAAAGAUGACCCCCAUCUGCCCCAUCCCCCCAAAAAUUCACACAAGCAGGAGCCUGUCUGACAGUGCAUAUCAGUUUCCAUUUCCUCUGAAUCAUGUUUGCCAUCAUCACUCUGUCUUAACAGAACGGCUCUGUGCAUCCACAUUUUGUAAAAAACAAAUUGUGUUACUGGACUGUUAGGGCUGAACACAGAAUUAACAAAUCAUAAAAAAGGGAGAAAUCCAGCUGUGUGGAUUUCAGCAUUAUCACAUUCAUGGUUCUGAGGCUGAGCUAAUGAACAGUCUGUCCAUAGCCCAUUUAUGGUAAAAAGCUGGUCCCACAAGUAUGCACUUUAAGAAUAAAUUACUGCACAAGGUAAUGGCUUACCCUAUCCCUAUCCCUAACCCUAUAAAAAGUAAUGGCUUAAGUGGAUAUGCUGGGCUUUAGUGGGGGAUAUGCCUUGGUUCUAUGGUAGGAUAUUCUGGAUGACCCCAGUAUUGCAACACAUGCAGUGGAAGUGGUAAUGCCAAAAGUGAUUAUAGCUGAUGACCUGAGACUGACCCAAAAUGGCCUGUGGUCUUGGUGGCUCAUUUAUAAACCUUCAUCUCCCUCAGGAGGACUUUCCAAACAGGCAUAUCAGAAAAGUGGGGAUUUUCACAUAUAUGGCAUAAUACUUUGAAUCAUCCAUAAAGUUCAACAUGUAUAUACAUGUUAAAAAUUCCAUUGUUCUGUCAUCCUCAAAUUCACAUCUGAAAUUUUUUGCCAGAAUGUUAUUACAGUCGACUACAUACUCACAGGUCAGGGUUGAUUAAUUUUAUUUACAUUAGUUUACAGCUUUGCCUUUGAGUUUCCUUGUAUCUCCCUGCAUUUGCCUCUAGUCUGCUGCACUUGCAUUUGAAAAGCAGACAGAUUUCUCCAUGUGUAAAGCCUCAGCUUGACUCUCUCUUUAUGAUGAUGCAACAUACAGAAUUUGAUCCUGAAACCUCUACUUUUAACCAACAGGCAAUAAUUAUUUAAGUGCUCAUGAUGUAACAUUGUACUGAGUGGCAAUAAAGCACAAUUUUGAGCAACUGUAGGUUUUUGUUGUGUGGUGGAGAGGGCCUACUGAAGUUUUUUCCAUUGAGUUUAAUGAAUGCCUAGCGCAGUAUGCUUAUCACCUUGGCUGCAUCCAAAUACUCAGUAUGCACCAACUUCGGUUAAGAACGUACUACUGUUACUCUAGUACGUUCUAUGAGUAUGUGAGCGAGUAGUAAGGACACAAUUCGGAU